GAUACCGGGGGGUCUUGUGUAAGUCAUGCCCGCUGUGCGGCUGCGCUGGGCGGGUUUGAGCGGCCAGCCUGAACGCUGCUGCCUCCAGUCUCUGCACUAGCUCCAGAAGAGACUCUGCAGGAGGAACUAGCGGGCUAGCUAACUAGCUAGCUUAGCUUAUCUAGCUAAUGCCUGUAUAAUGGAAACGCUAGCUAGCUAAGUUAUACAGUGUAUUUUAUUAUUUAGUAAUAUGACAAGCGUCUGCAAACUUGCUGAUUGAUAGUGUGGACAUUUUACUGCCCUGGAGACUUUAUGAAAUGAUCUGUUAUAUUAUUUUAGGGGUUAUUUAUGUUGGUUAGCCAGCUAACGUUAGCUAGCUAGCCUAGGUUGCUUAAGUAACCUAGCAACGUAGCUUUGGCUAGCUAACGCUAGCUAACUGGCUAAGCUAGGCUAAGUAUUUGACGUGGAGUCUAUAAAGGAAGCGGUUAGCUAGCUAGGACAGCAGUGCAGUAGGACGGUUUCUCCACGUUUUCUCCACGCAUUGUGUUGGAUUUAACCUCUCUUUAUCACCAUGGCUGGAGGCAUAACCGACACAGGAGAGCCAUACUCACCUUUUGUGGGCUUGGUGUACAUGUUCAAUCUGAUUGUGGGGACUGGAGCGCUGACCAUGCCUAAAGCCUUUGCUGCAGCUGGUUGGGUGGUCAGUCUGGCGCUCAUCUCUUUUUUAGCCUUUAUGAGCUACAUGACCACUACUUUCGUGAUUGAAGCCAUGGCUGCAGCUAAUGCACAGCUGCGCUGGAAGAGAAGAGAGCAGGAGGAGGUCAGCAAUACGGACUCUAGUUCUGAGUAUUCAGACGAUGAGGUCACUAUUCGAGGACGCUCAGAGUCCGUAGAGACUCGACCGAUUCUUUCUGUUCAGCGCUCAGCGUCUGCGGAUCACUUCGACAUUGUGGAAAGAGUCGAGAUGGGACAGAUGGCCUCCAUGUUUUUUAAUAAAGUUGGCGUCAACAUGUUCUACAUCUGCAUCAUCGUUUACCUGUACGGAGACUUGGCCAUCUACGCUGCAGCCGUGCCCAUGUCUCUGAUGGAGGUGGCAUGUGGGAAUCACUCGUGCAGUGCUGGUAGUAUGAAGUAUAACGACACUGAUCCAUGCUGGGGGUCCAUCAAACGCAAAGAUUCCUACAGGGUCUUUCUGGCGAUCUUCACGCUGCUGUUAGGACCUUUUGUGUUCUUCAACGCACAGAAGACCAAAUAUCUUCAGAUCCUCACCUCACUCAUGAGAUGGAUUGCUUUCACCAUGAUGAUAAUUCUGGCACUGAUCCGCAUUGGGAAAGGACAUGGCGAGGGCCACCCCAAAGCGGCGCAGCUCACGGGAGUGCCUAAUCUCUUCGGCGUGUGCGUCUACUCCUUCAUGUGCCAGCACUCGUUGCCCUCUCUGGUGACGCCCAUCUCGGACAAGCGGCGGGUGGGGGCGUUGGUGCUUGCCGACUACGUGCUCAUCCUGGGUUUCUACAGCCUGCUGUCCUUCACGGCCAUCUUCUGCUUCGACAGCUCUCUGCUGCGAGACAUGUACACGCUAAACUUCACCGAUAACUGUGACGUGCUGGGCGUGGCGGUGCUUCGCUACUUCCUGGGUCUCUUCCCGGUCUUCACCAUCAGCACCAACUUCCCCAUUAUAGCGGUCACGCUACGCAACAACUGGAAGACGCUCUUCCACAGAGACGGAGGUACCUACCCCUGGGUGGUGGACCGAAUCGUGUUCCCCCUCAUUACUCUGGUGCCGCCUAUAAUCGUGGCGUUUUUGACCCACGACCUGGAGUCGCUGGUGGGCAUCACUGGAGCCUACGCUGGCACCGGGAUUCAGUACAUCAUUCCCGCUUUCCUGGUGUACUUUAGCCGGCGCCACCUAGAGCCUGUAUACGGACGGGAUGUGGAGAACAAGCACAGAUCUCCGUUCCGCCACACGUUCUGGGUGGUGUUCGUGGUGGUUUGGGCCACUUUCUGCCUCAUGUUCGUCACGGCUAAUAUCAUCCUGACGGAGGAAAACAAGAACUGAGCAUGCGUUUUACGUUUCGCUUUCUUUUUAAAAAUGACUUGAAUCGAAGCCUUACAGGUUUAGCACAGGCUACGCUGGUGUUUUUACACAGUAAGGGCCAUUGGGAUCAGUUGAACCUGGUUUAAUGUUAAAAGGGACCAAAAUUUGAUUAGAUUAGAUUUUGAUUGUGCUUACGAAUGAGUACUUCUGUAUUAGUUGACUUCUCUAUUGGAGGAGCCUGUUUUUUUAAGCGUUGAUACACAGAUUAUACAACCCCAAAUUUAGAAAACGUUGGGAAAUGAAUGGAAAUGCAAAACAAAUUCAGUGUUUCUUUUACAUUUACAUUGACCUCAAUUUAAUUGAUCUCAAUUGGGGGAAAAAAGGUCAGGACUGCAGGCAGACUAGUCUAGUACAUGUAUUCUCAUCUUCAAUGGCAGCCAUGCCUUUGUUUUUGCAUUGUCUUUUUGAAAAAUGCCCAGGCCAAAAAAUCUGAUGCCACCUUUUUGGAAUGUGUGGCAGGGCCCAAAUGCAGGAAUAGAUGUAAAGUAAUAAAUUAAAUGAAGACCAAAUACGACAUAUAAGACAUAAAUUAUCAUAUAUCUUUGGUUCAUACAACAAGUCUGCAAUGAUAAAAAAGGCAAAGUAAAUUUAAAAAACACAGCAAUUGUUUUUUUUUUUUCCACCCGUACUGUUUCAACUUCUUCAGAUUUGGGGAUUAGCAGAUUUUUGCUUGGAAUGGUCAUCUAGUAGCAGCUUAACGUGCAUUACACUUGCUGCGCUGCUUCUGAGCUUUUUUUUAAUGUAUAAACAGCAGUCAGAUUUAUUACUGGCUGAUCCAAACAUUUAUUUUAAGAAAAGAAAGAAUAUCUAUAUAUAAAUAUAAGCAUAAAUAUAAUGUUUUGCCUUUUCCUCUUUUUUUUCCCAUCUUUUCUCCGUGAGAUUUUCUGUCUUCUGAGGCCUGUUAAGACGGUAAGAUCAGGUGGAGCGAGUGAACUGGCCUCUCUGUGCAUUCUUUUUUUUUUUUUUUUUUUACGAGGACAAAAAGUCCCAGCAAGUAUCGAGAAUACAUUUAUGAGAAAAAUAUGCUAAUACUAUUCAAGGGUUAAACAAGGACGACUGAGAAGUCCAACUAUAAAAAGGAAUGUUUUUCUUUUUUUUUCCUUUUCUUUUCUUUUAACCAAAGCUAAAUGUCCACACCGGUGAUCGGUGUGGGCCGAGAGUCGAGGAAAAGGCAAAGCAAAUCAGGGAUAAUCAGUCUUUCGUGGCUGGCAUUUUCAACAUUCCUAACCGACUCGCUCCUCGCGUCCCCUCACCUGUGAGUGAUGGAGACAGGUGCUCUGCGGCGUUACUAACACAUGCGCUCAGAGCUGGAGCGCAGUCUAAGCUUCUCAGAUGACUGCUGGCGGUGUUAAAAAGCCUCCUGAAUGGAUCCAGUUUGAGCGAAUGUGGAAUCGUCCAGGCUGGAGACGAGUAGUCGAGCCUGUUUACUGAGACGGCCUGUUUGUGUCCAUGUUACCGCACCUUAUUCUGGUUAAUCAGUGCACACUUUCUUUUUUUUUUUUUCUCUUUUUCUUUUUUUUGUGUUUGUGCUCAUCAAUUCGGUCAGUGUAGAAGGUCUGAAGAAUGUCUUCAUUGAUUGCUUUAAGGCUGUUUUGCUUUAUCUUUUGUUUUAUGAUGUUCCUAAUGGCUCUGAACUCACACUUUACCUUUGGGAUGUUCCGAUUCAAUCCAGUCACAGGUAAUCAGAGAUGCAAGCACGUUUUUUAUGGAUCUGCUAUUGUCUUGUUUAAUCUUAAAACAUUUUCAAACCCUUGUUUUAACCUCAGUUUGCUCAAAGCACCAUUAUCAAACUUUAUUAUGGUUUGUAUUGUUCAGCUGCAGAACAAACAAGGAGAGGAAAGUUCUCAGAAGGCAAAUAGAAGAGUUUUGUUAAAGUCUGCAAUGUAGAACUAUUUGGUCCGACUUAUACUUUAUAAUAGUCUCUAAUGACUUUGUAGUUGCAUGUGAACAGUCAUGUAAUAACUGUCGUUUUAACUACCGAUGAAUUACACAUUGUUACAAACUAUAUGAUUAUUAUACAUGAAUAUCAGGGUCAAUUAGACAUAGCAGAAUAUAUUCUCCAUCUUCCUAUGAUAAAAUCUGAAUCAUUAUUUUUUUUUAGUAUUAAAAAUUAAUCACAGGGCUCCCAAUGGAUCAGCAGGGUAAGGUGCUGCCACUAUGAUCGGUAGAUCUGGUCUGAUUAGAAUCCCGGUCAUGCAGCUUGCCAUCAGCUGCCGGAGCCCUGGGAGAGCACAAUUGGCCUUGCUCUCUCUGAGUAGGUAGAUGACCCUUUUUCUCCUUAUCACUCACAGGGUGAUGUCGAUCAGCAUAAGGCGUCGUCUGUGAGCUGAUGUAUCAGAACCAAGCCGCUGCGCUUCCCUCCGAGCAGCAAUUGGAAAAGAGGCGGCGUCUGACUUCACAUGUGUCGGAGGAGGCGUGUGCUAGACUUCACCCUUCUGGUGAUGGGGUAUCACUAGUGAUAGGGCAUAUACAGCUGAGGAGCAGCUGAUCGGGUGGGACAAUUGGCCAGAUAAAAUUACGGGAAAUAAACAGGAGAAAAUUAGAAUGAAUAAAUAAAAAAUCACAGCCAUAAUUCAUACUCAUCCUGUUACAAACAGUCAAAUUUGAUGAUAACACAAGAGAGUAAUCUACAACUUUUAAUACAUCUGUAACAAUGUGUACUUCAGUAGUAGUUACAAUGUUAUUACAUGCAUUGUUACAGACACGUAUGUAGUUAAAAAAGGGGGACCAAUUUUUUUUUUAUAUUGAAGCAUAAAAACAUUACCUAAUACCUACAUAAACCAUACAUGGGCUAACGAUACUGCUAAUACACUACUGCACAAGCUAUAGAUGCCCAAUCACAGCACAUUCACCUCACUAUAAAACUGAUAACUCACAUCAAUAGUCGUCAGACAUCAACACAAUUUGAUAUUAACUGACAUGACUGCAGUGUUUUGAAGGAACUGGGAGCUGGAUGGUCAGAAAGGCCAGUUAAAACUGGAUUAUAGGAUGUUUAACACACUAUAAAAUAGUAAUUUUUGGAGAAAAAAAAAACAAAAUAACUAAAUAAAUCCCUUCAGAAUGUCUAAUGUUUUGUAAAGUGUUAGUAAAAAUAAAAAGUAAAAUUACUUACAGUAUUACAGCAUUAAUCAAUAAUUAGGAGAUUCUGAAUCGGACUCGGAUUGAAUCUGGACAUCCCUGCUUUACAUAAACAUGAUCACAUGACAGCUGAAUCCAAUCCUGCCUUGACCUUUUGUGCUGUAGUUUUUUUUUGUGUAUGUUUCUCAGCUUUAUUGUCAGUGUUUCUUUUUGAUUUGUCAUUGUCUCUAUAUUUUGUUGCUGUGUUUUUUCUCGUCAGGUUUCAGCCAUACAAUCGGUACCUCAGAAAGAUUCUGAUCCACCGUGAAUCGAUUACCUAAGCUGUCCGGGCAUUUGCGUCAGCGCCGUUCGCUGUUCGCUGUUCACACUUUGCCGUCUCAUUAGUUUGAUGUCACCGCUCUCUUCGUGUUUCUUUCAUGUGUUUGAUCAGCGGCGACGUGUUUGAUACUGUAAAUUGAUGAUGCUCUCUGUGAGAGUGCAUUCUCUGUCCUGAUCAAAGCGAAGGGAAAGCAGCCUCAUCGCCGUGACUGCUGUCACCUGCGGCAUUGCACCAGUGCUCCAUUUUUUUUUUGUCCUGCCUCGGGGCUCGGAUUUAACCUGCUGAAAAUGUGUGUUGUGUUUUGUUUUGUUUUGUUUCUAUGGAAUCCUGAUUUUACCUUUUGCAGUGUUUGCGAGACAAAGGCCUCGUUCAUACCUGGAAUUAACAUGCAUCAUUGGUGAUCCAUUAAAAAAUCAGAUGGAUCAGGGAUGCUUGCCAGUAAGUUACAAUGUGGGAGGUUGGGGUUCAAUUCCUGGUCUGGGUGACUGAAUGCUGUGCUACACUAGUAAGAGUCCUUGGGCAAGACUCCUAACACUACAUUGGCCAAACUCUACGCCAACUAAAUGCCGUAAAUGUAAAAUGCAACUAGUAAUUAUUUUGGUAGACUACAGCUCUGGAAAAAAAUAAGAAACCACUUCAGUUUCUGAAUCAGUUUAUCUGAUUUUGCUAUUUAUAGGUAUAUAUUUGAGUAAAAAGAACAUUGUGGUUUUAUUCAAUAAGUUACAAGCACAUUUUCUCAAAUUCCAAAGCAUUUAUUUGCAGAAAAUGAGAAAUAGUUGAAAUAAAAAAGAGUCACAAAGCUUUCAUAUUCAUAAAGUUUUAAGAGUUCAAAAAUCAGAAAUAUUUAGUGGAAUAACCCUGGUUUUUAAUCUCAGUUUUUAUGCAUCUUGGCAUGUUCUCCUCCACCAGUCUUACACACUGCUUUUGGAUAACUUUAUGCCACUCCUGGUGCAAACAUUCAAGCAGUUCAGUUUGGUUUGAUGGCUUGUGAUCAUCCAUCUUCCUUUUGAUUACAUUCCAGAGGUUUUCACAAUUAAAAGUAAAAUCAAAGAAACUCAUCAUUUUUAAGUGGUCUAGGAUAAAAAGCCUCAGUGUACUUUUUGCAGAGAUGAUGUUCGCUUGGCUUGGGAAACAGUGUGACGUAAUUGCACAGUUUUCGCUUGCAAUGUUAUGCUCAUGGUAGCUGGGUGAACUCUGAGACCAAAGACACUACGCAACAAGACCUGUGAUUGGUCAGGAGCAAAUAGACAACAAGCAAAUUAAACUGCAGAAAUUAUGCCAGCUCGUAAAAGUUUCAUGCAAUGCUCGCAAAUCUCAUUUCGCAGGAAGAAUGUGAAGUCCUCAGCCCAAAUCGAAAUGAGUCACCUAGCUUCGUUUGCACUCAUUUGCUAAAAGUAUUAUUUUUUUCUUAGUGAAUGAUGCCAUGCUCAGCUAACACUGUCAGACAGUGGACGGUGUGUUGUGGCGGUAAUUAUGUAUGUAGCGGUUAUUAUGCACUACAAUAAGGUGUUGGAUACUCAUGAUCAGAUCACCCAGGACGCAUGUUAAUGCCAGGUAAGAUGGGUUCAGAGAUUAGCAUGCUGGAGAUUAGGUGUUUUAAUGUAAUGUUUCUCAUAUGUUCGUACAUCCUGAAGGAGAAAUGUAGCAUUAACUGUCAUUUUUUCAGGUCAUCCUUUGAAGUGCAAUGUAUUAUAUGGUUAAAAAGUCAAUAUAUAUGUUCCCAGUAAAAUAUGUUAUCAAAAGCAUUAUCAUUUCCUGAUAAUAAUAGUGUGUUUAGAAUCUGAUUAUAACUGAAUAUGAAAACAAUAUGAAUAUGUAAGGUUUUAUCAGUGUGAUCUUCUGAUUUAUUGAGUCUAAAUUUGGAAAUUGGGCCUAAAACUUCAUUCAUAUUUUAAUUUCUGCCCCUCAAUCUGAAUUUCAGGGAAAAUUUACAAAAUUAUAUUUUUUACUUAAUUCUUUAAUUUUCUAUUUAUGUAAAAAUGAUGUAAAUUGCAUUGUACCAUCAGAUUUUUGUCACAAAAAUUAUGCAAAAAUAAUAACAUCUGAAAAUCUCUGAAAUUCUAUAUGUUAAAAGCAGAAAUUAAAAACUAAAACUAGAAAAAAGAUUAAAACAAGAAUUUCUUCUUCACUCUAUAAAUAAUAAUAAUAAUAAAAAAAUAAUAAUAAUAAUAAUAAUGAUGAAGCCUUACACAAACUUUUCUUUUUUAGAAAUUAAAAUGGUCAGAAAAGUUUAUAUUAUGCUUGUUUUUUUUUUGUUGUUUUUUUAAGUUCGGGUUUUAUCUGAUGUUUAAGUCUUAUUCUGAGAUUUUUGACUGAAAGCCCAACAUCUGAUUUUUAUUUCGACUUGUAAACUGAUUAUCUAAAUUCAUUUAAAUGAGUUGGUCAGAUAACAAAUAGUAAUCAGAUUCUGAAGUGCAUCUAAACAUGCUCAAUAUCUUCAAACUUUCUUCUGUUUUAUUUUAAGCCACAUCUGUUCCUUCAGUUCUUCAUGGUUUAAUUGCAGAAGGUUGGUAGUCAUGAGCAGAUGUGUGUUACUGUACAAUAUCCACUGAUAACGAAUGAUAAAACUAAACGAAAGAAAAAUGUGCCUUCCUCCCAGAGUUCAUCCUGUCCGUAUAUAAGGGUGAUGUGUGUCUUUGUGUUUUUUAAAGCCUGUCAGAUAAUCUCUGCAUGCAAAGCUGUUCGUUUAAUUGACAAUCAGUGUCUCUUCACAAUAAACAUGGGAAUACUUCUUUUGAAA